AUGUAUGCUGAGUACAGUGUGGCCUGGAGAUUCCAUCCCAGUAAGAUGAAACGGAAAUUCUCCUCAUUUUUCAAGAGUUUGGUCAUUGAGUUGGACAAAGAUUUGUACGGACCGGACAACCACUUGGUGGAGUGGCACAGGACUCCGAGCACUCAGGAGACUGAUGGCUUCCAGGUGAAGCGACCAGGAGAUGUUAGUGUCCGCUGCACCCUACUACUGAUGCUGGACUACCAGCCCCCACAGUUUAAGCUUGACCCGCGUCUUGCUCGUCUCCUGGGGAUCCAUACUCAGACGCGGGCGGUCAUCAUCCAGGCGCUCUGGCAGUAUAUAAAGACCAACAAGCUCCAGGAUUGUCACGACAAGGAGUACAUCAGCGGGGACAAGUACUUCCAGCAGAUUUUUGAUUGUCCUCGUUUAAAGUUCUCAGAGAUCCCACAGAGGCUGACGAACCUGCUGCUCCCGCCGGACCCCAUAGUCAUCAACCACAUCAUCAGUGUGGAUCCCACUGACCAAAAGAAAACUGCCUGCUAUGACAUUGACGUGGAAGUAGAAGAUCCACUAAAGGGACAGAUGAGUAGUUUUCUCUUAUCCACCGCCAACCAGCAAGAGAUCUCUGCCCUGGAUAAUAAGAUUCAUGAGACAAUUGAAUCCAUAAACCAACUGAAGAUACAACGAGACUUUAUGUUGAGCUUCUCUAGAGAUCCAAAGGGUUAUAUCCAGGACUGGCUCUUGUCCCAGAGCAGAGACCUCAAGAUUAUGACAGAUGUGGUGGGGAACCCAGAGCAGGAGAGGAGAGCCGACUUCUACCAGGAGCCUUGGUCCCAGGAGGCUGUGAGCCGCUACUUUUACUGCAAGAUUCAGCAAAGACGACAAGAGCUGGAGCAGUCGCUCGGUGUCCGGAACACAUAAAGGCCUCUUCAUUCACCAACCUUGGCCGAUACGUGGCUUCUCCAUCCUUACUGCUCCCUCAUGGUACAUACACAGGACUAAACCUCAUGGCAUAGUAUUGGAUACUCCUGGUGCCGGCUCAUACGUUCCACCGUUACCCAACAUCAGGAGAUCUCUGUUCUCAAGCUUUUUGUCAGAAGUGCCAAGUAAAUCUCCAUUAUUAUUGUUAUCAAUGUUACGGGAUGCAAUCGAGGACCAUGUACUGUCUGGACCAAGUUCUGUCAUGGGGAGCGGUCAUGCAGGGGGGUCCCUUACAGGCGGGCACUUUUAGCAGUAUUAUUUUUUAUAAAGCAGCGUCAUAUACGCAUUAGGUAACGCUCAAAGCCCAGCUGUAGGCACCAAAGACGGAGUAGUUUUCUGACAGUUUCUAGACAAGAAGUGCCUGGAGCUCAGUCCGCUGGCUUAUGGGUCACCAUUGCUGAACCUCUGUGUACAAUGUGAAUUUCUCUCUCCUGUCAGGGUCCAUGAAUGGUGUCACCUGCUAUCUAGGUACAUUGUGUGGCUCUAAGCCAUCCACGGACUCUGGGUUUGGCUGCUUGGAAUGGCCCAUGACUACUCCUCGUCACAUAGCCAGUUCCUGCACUAGGGAAGCCUCCAGCGUUAUCGGGGUAGGCCCGGGCCAGUAGGUAGUUGUGGGGGUAGAUAGAUUUGUGUUCAGCACUGUAUAUUACCGUCGUAGCUGCUGUGUGUAGAGUCACAAUGUGACCGUUCAAUAAAUUCCAUUUCUACCUAA